AUGCUGCGAUACGGUGCUCCAAUCGAAGCCUCGUUCACUCAUUUGCGCGGGAGAUUUGUGUGUUCGAUUACGGCGUCGCUUCCACACGUUGUAGACACAUUUGGCCUAGUUUCAACAAGUUGGCCCCAUCAAUUGACCACAAGACAUGUGAAGAAAAGUGUCACUUCAAUUUCCUCCAUCUUUAACGAAGCUGAAUUUUCUCCACUCAACUCCUCUUGGGCUGAAAUCACCGCAAAUGAUGAGAGUUUGAACGGAAGCAUUAUGGAGAGUCUUUCGAAGAGUGAGGCACGUCGUAAUAGAAAAGCUGCAGUUCCAAAAAAGGUGAAUUCCAAGCCAAAGUUUGUUCGUUCCCUUGAACUUACUGAGGAGAUAAUGACCAGCAGUCGACGCUCAGAAAGAGUAAAAGACAAGAUCGAAUCGGUGCGGAUCGAAAGCAGAACGAGAAUAGAGGUAGCUUCAACUCGAACACAAGAGUCACGCAAGCGUCACUUGAGUGCUGCAUCCUCUAUCACUCUGAAUGAGGAUUGUGAAGGUUGUUCCCCUAUCAAACGGAUUCCUCCUACAGGAUCCACGUCUAGUGGACGCCCCGCCCGGAAGAAUUUAAAAACUGAAACGCCCACCAGGAGUCCUUUCAGGAGCAGGCGUCUUUUCACUGAUAGUCCGAAGAGCAACCAGCUAAAAGAGUUUACUCCCAAAGACUUUUGGGAAGAUCCGACUUUGGGAUGGUGUAAAGAUCAAGCUACCCUUGACCGACGUACAAAGGAAAUCGAACGCGCCAAAGAAAAGCCUGUUUAUGCCCGUUAUCUGGAAGAAAUACCUCGCCACCUUCGUGUUAAAGGAAUACAUCCACGAACGCCUAAUAAGCAUAUCAACUUCAGCCGUAGGUCUUGGGACGCACAGAUGAAAAGCUGGAAACGCAGUCUGUACGACUGGGCUGGGGAAGAGCCCUCUGAUUCUGUGAACACUUCCUUCUGCAGCCACAGUUCUGACGAAAUUAAGAAGGAAGAGGAACAGGAAAACCGUUGUCAAUCUGUUCUACGUAGUGUGCGGGAAAUUGAGGAGAUCCAAGUACGACCCGAAACAGAUGCCAUGGCAUCGUUACUGGGUCACUUUGACAUGGAUUCUCGUAGAGGAGAUGAAAGCACCUUAAAAGCACCUACAAAUACACUGAUCGACAUUCGGUGCAAUAGCGUGACCAGUUGCGCUCGAAGCGGGGCAGUGGACCUCCUGCUCUUCACCAGUCCGCUUGAAGGUGGUGAAGAUGCCACCUGGAAUACAACUGCGUCUAUGUGGCUUGUUGUACGUAUGCUUCGGAAUCCCGUUUUCUUUCGCCUGUCCAAGAAAAUCUAUUUGGUGGUCUGUGGUCAAACAUGGAUAGCAAGAAUUUUGGCGAGCACAAAAGCGGCGACCAAAAAUGAUGCGGUAGAUAGAGAAGAAAGGAAAUGA